AUGAAACGAGGUGUUGCUGACGUCGAGGUCGACGCGCAGCAUGGCAGAGGACGACUAGGAUGCCUGGCUGACUUUAUUACUGACCUUCUCAGUCAGCCCGCUCUCAAUGAAACGAUCCAUCUCUGCGGUCCGGCUCCCCUGCGUGUCAUCGAAAACUGUCCCGGCACCGUCCUAGAUCUCACUUACGAGAAGCUUCACAGCUUUUCCUAUUCUAAGGUGCCGUCGCAAUGGCGUAGACUAUACGAAGAAGCGAGCCUGUACAGGGCAAGUGAGCUUGUGGUGGAAGCCACGCUCGACGGCGAUGUUUGGCUUGAUGCUGUUGUUAGGAUUCUCGAUACAGGUAUCAUCCUUGCCGGUGCACCUGGCCGCGGACCAGUCUUCCGUAGGAUAUUCGGGCAGCUUGAGCAGCUCGUCACACCAGAUCUGGGUCAUGACAUCCCAGCCACAUUCGAUGUAGUACCACAACGAGCUGUCGAUAGUGGUUCUGCUGUUCCACGGGCUGUGCAUGUCCUUGAUCUUGAAGGCUUCCAGAAGUGGCUCGGCAAAGGCGCCGGCCCGCUCAUCGUGCCAGGUGCGAUGGGACACUGGCCUGCAAGUCAGCUGUGGCAUGAUCCGAAUUACCUUCUUCGACGGACAUUAGGCGGUCGCCGUCUUGUACCAGUCGAGAUUGGAGAAUCUUAUACCUCCGAAGGCUGGAGUCAACGUUUGAUGACCAUCCGUGAGUACAUGCGCGCGUUCCUACUUCCAUCGGAACCCGCGGAAGUUGGCUACCUCGCACAAUACGAUCUUUUCGCACAGAUUCCGGCCUUGCGGAACGACAUCGUUGUGCCGGACUACUGCUACGCUGCAACGGAAUUGGAUGAAGACAGUCUUCGGACAUCUGGACUAGGAAACGCGGAGCCGCUCGAUGAGCCUUUGUUGAAUGCUUGGCUCGGUCCAAAGGGCACCAAGACGCCGCUUCACACCGAUCCGUAUCACAACAUUCUCUGCCAGGUCGUGGGUUAUAAGUACAUCCGGCUGUACGCGCCAAGUCAGACACCGAACGUCUAUCCGCGCGGCCUCGAUGAGAACGGCAUCAGCAUGGAGAACACAUCUCAUGUCGACGUAUCGGUUUUCCGAGCUAGCCUUAGCGAAAGCUGUGAGCUCGAUGUUGAAGGAGGGUUGCGCAAGCUAUUUCCCUUGUUCGAGAAGGCGAAGUAUGUGGAGGCUGUACUGGCACCCGGUGAAUGCAUGUACAUACCCGUGGGCUGGUGGCAUUACGUGGAAAGCUUAACCACGAGCUUCUCCGUGAGCUUCUGGUGGACUUGA